UUAUUAAAAUGUUUUGUUUUAAAUACAUAUUGAUACUUUACUUUUAAACCAAUUUUUACAUGUCUGUACAAAGGAUCAAGAUUACGAUAUUAACGCGAAUGUAAAUACCGAUAAGGAAUCUCAUGAUAUCCUUUCCGAACGCAAUGAGGACGACCCUUUAGGAUUACAAGCAGAUACCAACGUACCAGUGGACAGCGAUGGACAUGGUCCCUAUGUCCCCGGUUCUGAAACAGAUCCAAAAAAUAGACAUGAAAGCUACGAUAUACUAUUAAAUGAUUCGCUUGAGAAAAUACACGGACCUAGAGACGAUCCAACAGACCAUUUCUGGAGAAAAGUUGCGGAAAAUGCAAAGCACGAUGAACAAAUCGGUGCGACUAUGAAAUAUGAAAAAAAGAGCGAAACCCCAAAACUUCCGUACGUGAAUGUGUCGCAAAAUUUUCAGUUUGCUAAGAAAAUGCACGUUGGAAACUUAGAGCAUCAGCCCUUGCCUGACACGUUAGGAUACCGUCAUUUGACUAAAGUAGGGGAGCAUCGAGAUUCCGAUAUAGUCGUCAAGCCGUACGCUAUUGGAUGGAAGGGUUACGGAGCUUCAGGACCCACAUGCUGCACCAAAAUGCGCGUCCAUCGACCUAAGACUUGUGACCCCAAAAAAUCUGAAAACGAAGUUGAGGAAAGAAAACAGCGUCCAUCGACGUCCGCUUUAGAUUUAGGAGGACAAUACAAAAAGCCAAUGUCCCUUAUGGAUCUCGCAAUAUGCUGGGAUUUUAGACCCGAUGAUGUCAAAUUAGAACCUUCGCCGCCUAAACAUAUCGAUGGGUCUAACGGUUCUAAGGCACCAGCUGUGUUCACCAUGGUACACACUCCAAAGGAAGAUAUUCAAAAUGCAGUCAGUCAUUCUGUCCCGAUUUUUAAUAAGAAUAGGAUCGCGGAAGAUAUAGGACAUCAUCCGGUUCCAUACUUUGAAAAAGAUAUGACGAAAGAGAAACGCAAGGAUUCAUGCGAUGUGCAAUACUGUUCGCAGCACAAUGCUAGUGAUAAUAUCAAAUCGAGGUCUUCAAGUAGAAAAACUUCUUCAACAUCCGUCAGAAACAACAAAUGUGACGGUGUCCACGGUUGUGGCACACCGAGCUCUGCCAACAGAAGCUCUAAUGGCAAAAGACCUGAUAAAUUACAAGACGUAAAAGACGCCUGGAAUUCAAACAACGAGAAAAAUAAUAAUGUUGACGCUCAAAAAAGAAACAGUUUGGAAUCAUACGAUAAAACUCCACUAGCUCAGGGCAAAUUACACCAAAGUUCACCGAAUGAAUCGAUUUCAAAACAUUCAAAAGAUUCUUCGAAUAAUGUCAAACAUAAGCAUUGUUUUUCCUGUAACGGUGCUAAAAUUUUGCAAGUGCCGAAACAAAAGGAGGACUACAAGUUCGCAUUUAAGGCUGGGAAUCCUAAUUCCGUGCAGAGCGUGAGUUCGAGCGAUUCGAAGAACGUAAAGAUGCCUAAGAUGCGUCAUCCUUACACAAAGAAAUCGUACACGAUACCGACAUUAGCGCCCCCGUUCAGUAUCUGGCGGGAUGCGAACGCUACGGGCUACCCGGAGCACUGGCGGCUGGCGAGCGUCUAUCAACACGCCUAUAAACCUCCGGAGCAACGCCGUAAACCUCUUAUUAACAGUGUAUACCAGUGAAAAGAUACUCUUUCCG